UACUUCUGUGCAUUAAAAAAAUACAUUUUACAUUACUCCAUUACCCUCCCUAUGAUCGACCUUCAUUUUCUGCCGCCGCUACAACCGUCUAUAGAGACCGUGACCACCACUUUAAUGUCGCCACCGUCGUUGCAUUUAUACAUUUUGAGAUCUUUAUUUUAAUUCUCUAUAUAUAUAGGUACUAUACAAAAUAGUAUCCUUCUUCAUAUACAGCUCUUUUGACCCCUAAGGAAAUGUGUCUCUUUCGACCCUUAUGGAAAGCUUAUUCUUUAUCCUCUUAUUCUCCAAUUAUCUCGACCCGUAUGAUGAAUUGCAUACUACUUUCUGUUUUAAUUUCCUUUGUAUACCUUAUCGUCUCCCUUUCCGUAUCAAUGCUUCAGCCUAAAGACACUAUUAAUGCCUACUUCUCAUCUUCUCAAGAUCAACCUCAGAGCCUUACAGAGAUCGAUCACAUUGUCUUUGGGAUCGGAUCGAGCUUGAACUCGUGGCCUGCACGUAGAGAUUAUGUUAAGCUUUGGUGGGAUACUCAGAGAAUGAGAGGGUGUGUCUUUGUUGAUAGUCCUUUGUCGUCUUUGGAGAACAAUACAGAUUCUCAUCUUCUCCCUCCGAUUUGUGUUUCUGAAGAUACGUCACGGUUUAGAUACACUUGGGCAGGCGGUGACAGAAACGCGAUUCGGAUCGCGCGCUGUGUUUUAGAAACCGUAAGGAUGUUCAAUAACUCUGCAGAGGAAGUAAGAUGGUACGUGUUUGGAGAUGACGACACCAUAUUCAUCCCAGAAAACCUCGCAAGAACGCUCUCUAAAUACGACCACAUGUCAUGGUACUACAUAGGAGCUACCUCAGAGAUUUAUCAUCAGAACUGGUUGUUUGGAGACGACAUGGCGUUUGGCGGUGGAGGGGUAGCUUUAAGCAGCUCGUUGGCUAACGUCUUAGCUAAAAUUUUUGAUUCUUGUAUCGAACGGUAUCCACAUUUAUAUGGAGGAGACGCUAGAAUUCAUGCUUGUGUGCUUGAGCUUGGAGUUGGAUUGUCUCACGAACCUGGCUUCCAUCAGUUUGAUGUAAAUGGAAAUGCAUUGGGAAUAUUGACAUCACAUUCAACGAGACCGUUGGUGUCUCUACACCACAUGUCCCACAUUGACCCACUUUUCCCAAACUCAACUACUUUCUCCGCCAUCCAACACCUCUUCUCCGCCGUAGAACUUGAUCCUCUCCGUAUAUUUCAACUCUCCGUUUGCUACGACCGUCGGUACUCUUGGACCAUCUCUGUGUCCUGGGGAUAUACUGUUCAGAUUGAGAGUAGGCAUAUGUUUCUACGUGAUGUUUUGCGAACACAAGAAACGUUCCGACCAUGGCAAAAUUUCGGCGGGUUAGCAAGUGUGUACACAUUCAACACAAGAGAGUUUAAUCCUGAUCCUUGCAAAAGACCUGCCACUUUCUUCAUGGAACAUGUUUCUUCUACUCCCGAUGAUGGAACUAUUAAAAGUGUGUAUAAGCAAGCUUACGAGAAUUGCACGUAUGAUCCCAUUUCAUCGCCUCGCAAAACUGAAGAGGUUAGAGUGUUCUCGACAAGAUUCGAUCCCGAUAUCAGAAAAUUAAAGGCUCCGAGAAGACAGUGUUGUGAUAUUUUACCUACUUCUUCGACCGAUGGAAAAGUAAUGGAAAUUGGGAUUCGAGAGUGCAAAGAGGAUGAGCUCAUCUAUAUGAAUCCCUAGUAGCAGCGUUACUCUUUUUUUCUUUUUCUUUUUUGAGCAACAAACUGAUUUAUAUUGGGAGGCCUCACUGUAGAGAGAGCCCUAAUACCUUUAUACCCUCUUUUGUUUCAUUGCUAUCCAAAUUUUACCUAUAUCAUUGCAAAAUAGUUUCUUAUUAAUUAAUGUAUACUAAAAAUUAAACUGUCAAUCAGUUUGUUGCCUUUCAACUUUUGAGGUUUGUGGUUAGCUAUUUUCA